AUGCGCUUCACUGCGUUACACGCUGCGGCCCUGGCAGUACCCCUUGUUGUUGCCCAUGGACAUGGCAACUAUCAUACUCCGAGAAUCAUGGGACUAAGGAACAGACUAGUCAUGGACGCACGUGCUGCCCAUGUCGUGCCGCCUAAGAAUGUGUUGCAAGCACGUCAAGGCGGUGCCGCAGGUCGUUGCGGACCUGACCAUGGAAAUGUAAGCUGUAAUGGGGGUUACUGCUGCUCUCCUGAUGGAUGGUGUGGGAAAGGACCGGACUUUUGCAUGGCACCUGACUGUCUCUUCAACUUUGGCCCAGGAUGUGAUGCCAAUCAAAUCCCUUCUGGGGGUAGCACUGCCGAAGUCACUCGACCUCAGCUCGGCAACCAAAUGUACGGUGGAGAGGGAAUCUAUGCUUGCACUGUCCCGAAAAAAAUCGCUAUAACCUAUGAUGACGGCCCAUUCAUCUACACAAACGACGUGCUGGAUCAAUUCGCUGCAUAUGGCGCAAAAGCCACGUUCUUCGUCACCGGCAUCAACAUCAACAAGGGUGCUAUCGAUGACGAAAGCAAAGCAUGGCCGUCCAUAAUCAGGCGUAUGGAUGCAGAAGGACAUCAGGUCGCAAGUCAUACAUGGUCCCAUCAAGACCUUAGCGUCAUUACUCGGGAGCAGCGUUACGACCAAAUGAUCAGGAACGAGAUGGCGAUUGGCAACAUUCUAGGAAAAUUUCCCGCUUACAUGAGGCCGCCGUACAGCUCAUGCACGCCUGAAUCAGGAUGCCCACAAGAUCUGGCAGACCUUGGAUAUGUUGUAUCUUACUUCGACCUAGAUACUGACGACUACAACAACAUAACGCCGGAUAAGAUCCAAAACGCCAAAGACCGUGUCAGCGGAGCGAUAGACCCUAGCAAUCCAGAGCAAGACAGCUUCCAAACCAUCUCACACGACAUUCACGAGCAAACUGCGCAAAACCUGACUGGCUAUAUGCUCGAAACGAUGACAAGGAAGGGCUACAAGUUGGUCACUUUGGGCGAGUGCUUGGGCGAACCGAAAGAAAACUGGUACCGGUCUGCUACCCCGAGAGUUGCUACCUCGUCUAUAUUUGUCGCUCCGAGGUCGGACCCCACUCCCACAGCACCUAGUGAUGGCAAUUCUAUGCCCAACGUGGCUAUGGCUAUGCCCACUGGUAUGACUAUUGAUGGCUCUUGUGGUCGUGACAAUGGACUUGGGUGUUUCGGUAAGAGGUCUUCACCAGACAUCACCGGGAGAAGCUAG